AGUUUCUUUCUGCUCUGUUCCUAACGUGUGCCCAUGGAGAAUUACUCAUAUACUUCCUACCCGGAGUCCGGUGGAUCUUCGCCGAGAUCGAGAGAAGUCGACUUCGAGAAUCCACCGCCAUGGGAGGAUCAGUCGACCGGAAACAAUAGCAACAACAACUACAAAGUCAAGCUUAUGUGUAGUUAUGGUGGUAAAAUCCACCCUAGGCCUCAUGAUAACCAGCUCUCUUAUGUCGGUGGGGAGACUAAGAUCCUAGCUGUUGAUCGUUUUGUGAAGUUUGCUGCUGUCAACGCGAAAUUAACGGCGUUAUGUGACGGAGAAGUUUGUUUUAAGUACCAGUUGCCGGGUGAAGAUCUAGACGCCUUGAUUUCCGUCACGAAUGAUGAUGAUCUGGAACACAUGAUGCACGAGUACGAUCGGUUGAAUAGAGCUUCGCCUAGUCCAGCGAGGUUGAGGCUGUUUCUCUUUCCUCUUAGUGGUCAAAGUCCGGCAUUGACUCCCGUUCACAGUUUUGGUUCGACUGAGGGGAGAUCGGAGCGGGAACGGUUUAUGGAUGCUUUGAAUUCUGGUCAUGUGCAGCCUAACACGCCACCGUCAGCACCGCCGCCGCAUGGGAACGUGGAACGCUUUUUCGGUUCGGACAAAGGAAUGCCGAUGCAGCCAUCUGGAGUGGCGUCAAAAACUCGAGAUCAACAUAUCGCAGAUCCGCAUAUUCAUCCACAUGAGCCCGAAAUUGCUGUUCUAGAUGAGCGUGGAAUCGAAGCCGAUCGGAUCCAGAAACACAUCCAGGACCUACAGAGGUUGCGAAUUGGAGAAGAGCAACAACCGGCUCUCUACAGGAAACCAAGUGAUGAUAAUCUCGGUGCUGGUUACACAGGAGACUACUAUGUCCCGAAAAUGACCGAAAAAGUAGCUCCGACAACAUUGCCGGGAACUGUACCCGCUCCUGCUGCCGGAUACCAAAUUUCCGGCGGAUUUACAACAUCAACAAUAUCAUCGGAUCAACAACCCGUUUACAUGAUUCCAGCUCACGCGAGUAUGUAUCACGCGCCCAUGGCAAGACCAGCUACCGCUCCUGUCAAUCACGGCCAGGGAUACUACGUCCAGAGGAUGCCAACCGAGGUUUACCGUGACCAGCCCGUUUACAACGCCAUGCAACCAGUACAAUCGAUGGCGACACAACCUAUAUUGCCUCCACAACAACCGCAAAAGAUAACGACGCAUUCGGAAGGGGUUAGGAUGGUCCAUUCAACAGCUGGGAUGACCGAUGCAGGGUAUGCUCAAGUAGCGUAUGAUAACGGCGUCGGAAGGCAUGUCUACUAUACUCCACAGGGGACUAUGGUGACACCACAACCAACUACACAGCAGUUUCACGCAAUGGCUGCUCCAUCGGCAGCAUUAAAUCAAGGUGGUAAGGUGGUUGCUUCGUCCAAGAUCUCUCAAGGCUCUAUCUGAUCCUCAUCAAUCAAGUAUGUUUUCGAAUUAAUACUAAAUAAUGAAGUCAUGGUUUUUGUUUCUGCAUUAAUUAUAUAUAUAUAAUAUAUAUGGUCAUAUAUCUAUUUGCCUUGUUCUAUGUAUAUCUGUUUGAAAAUCAAUAUUAAUGAGUACGGCAAAUAUUCUCGUGUUUCCAUU